CUUUGAGCUAAGCAGCGUUGCUCGUUUCCCUGCAAGAACACUCAAGCCACUAAAGCUCUCGCUGAGCCGCAAUGAACUGUUCAAUAUCCGGCGAGGUGCCGGAUGAGCCUGUCGUCUCCAAGAAGUCAGGUUUACUCUUCGAGAAGCGCUUAAUCGAGAGACACAUUUCGGAUUAUGGAAAAUGCCCAAUAACAGGAGAACCUCAUACUAUGGAUGAUAUUGUUCCAAUCAAAACAGGCAAAAUUGUGAAGCCCAGACCCUUAACAGCUGCUAGCAUCCCUGGGAUGCUAGGAAUGUUCCAGAAUGAAUGGGAUGGUUUGAUGCUAUCUAAUUUUGCUUUGGAGCAACAACUUCAUACAGCCAGACAAGAGCUUAGUCAUGCCCUAUACCAGCAUGAUGCUGCUUGUCGAGUGAUUGCUAGACUUAAAAAGGAAAGAGAUGAAGCAAGGGCUUUACUUGCACAGGCCGAUAGGCAAAUAAUGCCGAUGGCAGCAUCAGCGUCAGUUACAUCCAAUGCUUCUGUCCUUACCAAUGGGAAAAGAGUUAUUGAAAGUGAGGAUUUGGGCCCUGGUGGGAAGAAAUUACGUCCUGGAAUUUCGUCUAGCAUUAUUACUAAGCUAACAGAUUGUAAUGCAACUCUUUCGCAGCAGCGGAAAAAACGACAGAUUCCUCCAACUUUGGCUCCUGCUGAUGCUUUGGAGAGGUAUACCCAGCUUUCUAGUCAUCCCCUUCACAAAACAAACAAACCUGGCAUUGUUUCUAUUGAUAUCCAUUACCCCAAGGAUGUCAUUGCAACUGGAGGGGUUGAUUCAAAUGCUGUACUUUUUGACCGAUCAUCAGGACAGCUCUUAUCUACUCUGAGUGGUCACUCAAAGAAGGUUACUAGUGUCAAAUUUGUUGCUGAAGGUGAUCAAUUAUUAACAUGCUCAGCAGAUAAGACGGUUCGCUUGUGGCAAGGCUCUGAAGAUGGAAAUUAUGAUUGUAGGCACAUCAUGAAAGAUCAUACUGCAGAGGUGCAAGCUGUAACUGUCCAUGCCACAAAUGACUACUUUGUGACUGCUUCUCUUGAUGGCACAUGGUGCUUCUACGAUAUUUCCUCUGGCUUAUGCUUGACACAGGUUGCAGACAACUCAGGGCCUGAGGGCAGACCUGAGGGUUAUACAUCUGCUGCUUUUCAUCCUGAUGGUCUCAUCCUUGGAACAGGCACCUCAGAAGCUCUUGUUAAGAUUUGGGAUGUGAAAAGUCAGGCAAAUGUUGCAAAAUUUGACGGACAUGUAGGGGCAGUUACUGCAAUAUCUUUCUCUGAAAAUGGAUACUACCUUGCGACUGCAGCUCAUGAUGGUGUGAAGUUGUGGGAUCUGCGCAAGUUGAAGAACUUCCGGUCAUUUGAAUUUAAUGAUUCAGAUACGCCAACAAAUUCUGUGGAUUUCGACCAUAGUGGGUCUUACCUUGCAAUUGCAGGCGCAGAUAUUAGAAUCCACCAAGUUGCCAGUGUUAAAGCAGAUUGGAAUUGUAUCAAAACCUUUCCUGAUUUGUCUGGCACAGGUAAGGCUACUUGCGUGAAAUUUGGUCCAGAUGCGAAAUACAUAGCUGUAGGAUCAAUGGAUCGAAACCUCCGCUUUUUUGGGCUGCCUAGUGAUGAUGGCCCAUCGGAGUCAUAAAUUAUGUUCAAGCUGCCGCUAUCUUGGAAGUAUGGGUUACCAUUUUUUUUCACAGCUACUGGUGGAGGUGGUAUAACCUGGAAUUCGUGAUGUUGACUUCGUACUGUGUUGACAAUGGAGCAAGGAUGCAAAGCAUUUGACAUUGUGCAUGCUGUCGCAGUGCGGUGUAUUCAUAUUAGAUUCAAGAGGACCCCAAAAAAGAAAAAAGGAAAAAAAAGGUGAAACUUGUUAGGUCCCAAUCAUUUUGUAUUCUCUAUUGUUCUGAAAUUUCCAAACCAUUCAAUCUGCUUUGGUCUGUUGCUAUCAUUAAUUGUUAAAUCUCUAUGGUGAGAGUUUUCGUUAACUGGAAGAAUGUUGGGAAUUUUGUAAGGCGGUUAUACUUUUACAAUACAUUUAAUUUCAGAUUGAGUAGGCAAGGUGAAGUUGAUUAUGUUGGUUUGAUAA